AUGGAGGAUCGGCUGCGACUGAGCUUGCAGAUCCUGGAUAUCUGCGGUGUAGAGACACCGCAGCCGCUGUACAUCAAGUUCCUUUGGAGAGGAGACAAGCAAAAAAGCCCUCUCCUGCGCGUCUCGGCGCAGCAACAGGUGCAGCAGCAGACACAAGCGGAGUUUUUGUUGCCGUAUGACCCCGAAACGGAUGGGAGCAGACUGCUGCUGCGAGUGUGGAAGCGCCAUUUGCUGCGGCAUGCGCAGGGUGUCACGACGUCCUCUGUCUCCCUCCCUGCCCUUGGACCUCAUGCGCAGCUACGUGUGCAGCUUCAGCUCAAGCGCUUCGACGCUGCAGCCUAUCAGCAGCAGCUCCACGUGCAGCUGCAGCAGCAGCACCAGAUCAGUAGGCAGCAGAGGGAGCAGCAGAUGCACGAGCAUCACUUGGCGCUACAGGAUUUCCACAGCUCUCAGGCCGCGUACUACAGUGCACAGCGACAACAACAGCAGCAGCAGCAACAACAACAAGCGCACAACAGCGCCAGCAGCAGGCGGCAAGACUUCGACGGCGAAUCGGAAGAUGUGGUGUACAUACACUCUAUUCUGCCUCGGUUGACCGUUCAGGAGAUCAAAGAGGCCCUUCGCCUAAGCGAGGGCGACAGAGAGAAGGCCGUAGACUUGCUUUUGAGGCAGGAAGUGGCUGCAGCGGCAGCGAGUCACCAGCAAGAGGUGCAGCAGCAGCAGCAGGAAGCAGCAGCAGGAGCUGCUGCAGCCGCUGCCUCACACGAUUCUGCAGCAGCCCCCUACACAGAAGGCGUUCUACAUACGCAAGCGCAGGCACACCCGCAGUACCCCCAGUGGACUCCUCCUAUGGCGCCUCCAACGCCCUCACAGCAGCAACAGCAGCAGUCGGCCUUGCUGCCUGCCUCUGCCUUGCACCAGCCUUCCCCCUUCCCGCCGCAUCCAGGGAGACGCAAGGCCCUGCUUAUCGGCAUCAAUUAUAUAGGAACUAGAGCGCAACUGAGGGGCUGCAUCAACGAUGCGAAACGCAUGCAACAGCUUUUGCGCGGUUUGUACGGCUUUGGAGGGGGGCCUACGGAGAUGGUGGUGCUGACAGAUGACAACUGCGAUCCUCUGUACAAACCAACAAGACACAACAUCCUUGCCGCGAUGAGUUGGCUAACUGCUGGAAGCCAACCAGGAGAUGCCCUAUUCUUCCACUAUUCAGGGCAUGGUGCAAGAAGGCCAGACCCCAGUGGCAUCGAGAGCGACGGCUUUGAUGAAACAAUCCUUCCCGUUGACUUCCAACAGAAGGGCGAGAUCGUCGACGACAAGCUUCACGAGUACCUCGUGCAGCCGCUGCCGUCCGGCUGUCGUUUAACCGCCGUCAUGGAUUCGUGCCAUUCAGGAUCAGGGCUUGACCUUUCCUUCAUAUGGAAUCAAGCAAGUCUCAAGUGGAAGGAGGAAACAAAUCCCUUUUAUGUUAUCGGGGAUGUUCAACUCUUUAGCGGGUGCGAAGACUCUCAGACGUCGGCUGAUCUGCGUGGCGAGGGCAUUCAACGGGCAGCAGGCGGCGCUAUGACAACUGCCUUCGUUACGGCUCUCACGCAAAUGCCCUUCUCUCACUCCUACCCUUCCCUUAUGGAUGCCCUGUCACAAUCCAUGAUGCAGCGGGGUUUGUCGCAGAGGCCUCAGCUGACUUCUUCACAGCGGUUCGAGUUUAAUAGACCUUUCAGCCUAACAGCUGCUAUUCCAAACAGUAACCAAUUUCUUGGCAGGCGUAUCAGAAGGCGUUGCCGGGCACCUGCCACCAACACGCAGAGCGCUCUUGCUGGAGGAAUGUUAGCAGCUGCAGGCGGCCUAGCGGCUGGCUUCCUCCUUGCAGAGAUCCUUGACCCCCGAUAG